AUGGCGGUCUUCGGCCUAAAACGUAUGCUUGAUCAAAAGCUCAAUCCACCCAAGCCUGUGACGGAGUCCUUUGCUUCGCGCACAAUUCUAUUGACGGGCGCCACCUCAGGCUUGGGGCUGGAAGCCGCAAAGAAAAUUGCGGCACUUCACGCGGAGAGGCUCAUCAUUACAGCACGAAAUGAGGCUAAGGGCGAGGCCGCAAAGAGGGAGAUCGAAGAGUUCGUAAAACUUCAUUCGUCGGGAGAUGCCACAGCCCCGAAGACAGAAAUCAUUCCCAUGGUACUCGACAUGGGAUCUUUCGCCGAAGUUCAACGCUUUGCAGAGACUCUCAAAUCUAGAUUCCCGGCCCUCGACGGGGCCAUAUUGAACGCCGGGAUGAUGAACUCCAAAUAUCGCCAGAGCAGUGAUGGCUGGGAGGAGACACUCCAAGUCAACACCCUCAGCACGUUCCUUCUGGGGAUCCUUGUCUUACCGCUGCUCACCGCCGCAGCAGACUCGGGCAAGAACAAAGGGUAUAAACCACACCUCUCGUUCGUGUCCUCGGGCACCGCCUGGACCGUCCAGCCGUCGCAGAUGGAGACGUACAUCGCCAGCGAAACACCACUCGAGGAGCUGAGUGCGCAAAAGAACUGGCCUCCGGGGAUCGCGGGCGGAGCCACACAGUAUGCCCGGUCCAAGCUGCUGCUCGAGUACGCGGUGCGCCACCUCGCAGCGUCACCGGCCGUCAAGGAUGUCGACGGCCAUGCCAAAGUCAUCAUCAAUACGGUCUGCCCGGGCCUGUGCAAGAGCGACCUGGGACGCCAGGUGCGCACCAACUUCUUCAUCAUCUUCAUCCAGUGGCUGCUCUACAGCAUCUUCGCCCGGACUGCCGAGCAGGGCGCCAAUAGCUACAUCACGGCCCUGGUGCGCGGCGAAGAGACCCACGGAGAGAUGUGGAAGAACGACCGAGUAUUGAGCCCGGACCGAUGCUGA